AUGGCACCUGUACACCCAGUCAAGAUCCCUCUUCCUCUCCCUCUUACUUCCACUCACGACACGAACGACAAAACUAAACUAAGGCGCAGGCGCUCCUCUACAUUUACUGCUAUCGCGAACUGGGCCUUGGCCGUUCAACCAGGUUCUCCUGCUCCGAUUUCUCCCAACAGGCGCCUUCCUUCACACCGUCGCGUGCCUUCCAACGCUCCCUCAUUCCUUCAUAUUAUAGACACCCCCACCAGUGCGAGCAGGUUUCCCCUAUCCCCUCACAGCGCCAAAGAAUUUCCAGGUAGUGUUGAUUUGACCAACUGGGGAUACACCUCCAUCUUCCUCCGCCUUCCUGUGACACCAUCCACCCCGUCUCAAUUCCGUCGUCGGUCCCCAGUUAUACCAGAAGCGUCUAUGAAACCUGAAAAAGGUAUCAAGAAGAUCAAAAGCCUGGGUAUUCUUCGUCGCAAUCGCGCAAAAUCCGUUGCCGACGAUGUCAGCCCCACCUCUCCUACUCCUCGUUCCCAUACACGUUCUCGUUCCCGUCCUCGUUCUGGAUCGGUCACAUCCACCAAAUCGGUAUCUUCGAAGCGAUCAGCUGUCUAUCCCAAAUCCAAGUCUAAGUCUAAACCCAAAACUGCCAACCAUCCCCCUCUUCCACCAGCUUUGCAGACCGAGCUUCUACUGAUGCAGUUCACUGGUGGUGGCUCGCUGGAAGCCAACGCUCAGAGGUUGAUGGAACAGCGUGCUAAAUCCAACACAGAUAAAGCUGUUGGCACUGUUUACAAGGACGAAAACGGCGUUAUGUGGUUAGACGAGGAUGAACGCGCCGAGUAUGAAGCCCUCAUUCCUCCUUCCUCGACACCCUCUUCCCCCGCUUCCCCAUGGGUCCAGUUUUCCUCAACCUCCUUGUUGUCGCCAAUGUCGCCUGCCAUCGGCGCCUUCAUGGCUGCCCGCGCUGGAUCGGUCAGGCGAGGGUCCGUCAAGAGUUUGACACCGACCGAACGCGAGUUGGAGGCUGCUAUGGCUGUCCGGCCCAUCUCCCCCUCUGCUUACAUCGGCGUCAACUUGAUUAAUACGUCUGUUAUCUCAAAAGCAGAGACGAAUGAGCGUAGAAGGAAACGACCGGCUCCUCUCAAGUUGCAUUCUGCCCCCGUUGUCCCGACGGCUUCUGCUGCACAAGGUUUUGAGGAUUCCUUUGAACCUACUUCUGCUGAGCUCGUUGUGAUGGCUGCUGGUAUGCAUAUCUAUGCUCGUGCCGCCAAAGCUAGUCGUUUCCGAGUACGCCGAGGUGGGGAAAUGCAAGUGCAAGCUGGUAGUGCGCCCGCUGAUGCGACCGAUUUUGGUGUUACUAUUGCUGUUGCUGAUGUUGUGCCGAAGGAGGAGGAUAACCCUAGAAGGAAGAAGAUGAAUCUGGCCAAGAGGGCAAGAGCGUUGUUUGGGAAGGAGUAA